AUGUGGCGGACUAUACUUCUUUUUAUUGCGGCUGCUUCGAGUAUCCAUGCUCGACCAAAUCAAGUGAAGGACGUAAAGACGUCCUGCGACAAAAACUCCUUCAGCAUACAGCUUGAGAUGGAGAAGCCGUUCAAAGGACUGAUAUUUAGCAAAGAUUUUUCUAGAGAAUGCCGUGUCCAAGGUCAAAUGCUAACUAAUGUAUCUCUUCAAUUGCCAUCAAACGCUUGCGGCGUGAGAACAUCCACUCUCAACACUACCGUAGAGGAACCCGACGACAACGAGGACUUAUACUACACAGUGGAACUUAUCGUCCAAAUGGACAGACAACUGCAACAGUCUUCAGAUCAGGAAUUGAUUGUCAGGUGCAAAUUGCAACCGCGUGCAGUGCGCAUAAACAGUUCCGCGCUAGAGGGCGUCAUUAAAUCUAAACUACGAGAAAUAACCGGCCAAGACGGGAAAAGGAUGAGGACAGGCCGUAAUCGCCAUGGUUUCGAGAAAUCAGUGGAAAUGGAACAAAGACAGCACUUACUAGAGGCCGCGAGAGCGUGGAUGGAGUUGGCGCCGGCCGCCGCCGGCACUGAACCUGCUACCGUCGAGGUGGGGCAGCCGACGCGGUUGCUCAUACAGUGCACACUGCCUGUUGGAGUUGGUCUUCGCGUAACAAACUGUGUAGCUCACGACGGUUUGGGGGAAGCGUCCCAAAAACUGUUAGACGAAGCCGGCUGUCCCAUAGACGAGACUAUAUUCGACACGCCGACUGUACACCGACAUAAACAACAAAACAUCGAACUAUUAAAACCAAAAUCUGACGACCAACAUAAUGAACAAUUCGACAAAACAGAUCCCGAAUAUUUUUUCAAAAAUAUGAUGACAUAUCAACACGCAAUAACAACUUUUGCGGCAUUCAAAUUCCCUGACAGAGCCAAAUUGCAUUUGUCGUGUGGAAUAGAACUAUGUAAAGGAGUGUGUCCUCAAGUAGAUUGCAAAUCUUUACAAAAACCACAGCAGACUAAAGAUGGUCUAGUAAGAAAAGCCAGGUUGGAUAAAGAGGCUAAAGGGCUGGUGAUAGACAGACUCGAAGUGUACAACAGUAUUGAAGUGCUCGCGCCUAAUAUUGAGUUGGAGGAUGAAGCUUCGAUUAGAGGUUCAAGAAGAGCAGUGGGGGAAGAUGAAUUCGUACGACAUUUCUCACCUGGAGACAAAACAAUUUGCUUGUCUCCCGGCAAAAUGGCUCUUGCGUUCUGCAUAUUAGGUACCAUAUUCCUAUGCGCCAUAGCUAUCGCGUUUGCGUCGUUGGUGCGAGCGAGACGGCGAAUGGCUCGAGAACAGAUGCAUACAACCCUCUCUCUCUAUACUGGAAGUAAAAGCAUGUUCUCUUCCAGCGGAAGCAGUAGUUCAGGACUUAGUGGUAGUAAGCUGCUACUUACAGACAGCCCAUAUCUAGAUCAUCAUUCUACUUCUAGUAACAACUGGCCAUUCCCAAGAGCUUUU